UGAGCCGCCUGUCUAAUUUCGAGGAGCGCUUGGACAGGCACAACCUGCCGCGGAAACCGUGCUGGGACUUCGGUGAACGGCGUCGUGUUGGUAUUAUGCUGGCACUGGCGACGCGCAGCUCCCCGUGAAUAUUUUGGAUCCACCGGCAGUCAGAGAGGAGGUGAACUCACCUUGCAUCCAGCCAUGGGAGGUCAGAUAACCAGAAAUACCUUUUACGAUUCUCUGAACGGGCCUUUUCCGACCACAUCCCACCGAUGUCACCACAAGCCCAAGCGUUUUCUACCUGUUCAGCAGUGUGGCAGCCUGUCCUCCUUCCCGCUGCUCUUCCACCCGAGCGCCAAAGGCUCUCAGAUAGUAAUGGAUAUGUCCCAGAGGACCGUCAAGAGACAGGCCAGCUUCUGCAAUGCCAUCACCUUCAGCAACAGACCUAUCGCUCUGUAUGAGCAAGUUCGGCUGAAGAUUACUAAAAAACAGUGCUGCUGGAGUGGUGCUUUGCGGCUCGGCUUCACCUCCAAAGACCCGUCCAGGAUCAAUCCAGACAACCUGCCUAAGUACGCCUGUCCUGACCUGGUGUCUCAGAGCGGCUUCUGGGCAAAAGCCCUGCCCGAGGAGCUUUCCAACGAGGGCAACAUUAUCUCCUUCUGGGUGGACAAGAAGGGCCGGGUGUUCUACCGAAUCAAUGAGUCCAGUCCCAUGCUGUUCUUCAGUGGGGUUCAUGCCUCCGAACCCCUCUGGGCUCUCAUAGACGUCUACGGCCUCACCCGAGGGGUCCAGCUACUAGACAGUGAGAUGGUUCCUCUUGACUGCUUGCGUCCUUGCUCUUUUACUGCUGCCCACCGGGCCUCCAUUCGGCAAAACGGUGACGACCCUCGGCUUUCUAUCAGCCUGUGUGACCUUAGCCUGCAGCAGCAAGAGCUGCAUCUGGAAGAGGAUGAUGAGGAAGAGGAGCAGCUACAGCCCCUGAGCUCCAACUCUUUCUCUUGCCAUGUGCCCCAAAACUCUCAAAACUCCCAGCAGUGCUCACUGCUGCCGCCCCAGCUGGACACUGAUCUGCGCUUCCACUCAGUGCACGGCAUCCACGUUACAGCCCUGGAUGAGCAGACGGUGGCACGGCUGGAUCACCACAGUGAUGAGAGGACCCUGGUGUUCACCAGCCGCCCGAUGCGCUGCUCGGAGACUGUGUUUGUGAAGGUGACAAAGGCUGGUGCCACGCGGCUUGGUUCUCUCUCCUAUGGUGUGACAUCAUGUGACCCAGGCACCCUGAAGCCUAGCGACCUGCCCUACAACCCAGAAUCCCUGGUUGACCGUAAGGAGUUCUGGGCGGUGUGCCGUGUGUCGGCGCCUCUCCAGAAUGGAGAUAUCCUGGGCUUUGUGGUGAAUGCAGAAGGCGAAGUCAUGAUGAGCCAUAAUGGCAUAAAUGCAGGGAUGCAGUUAUGUGUGGAUAACUCCAGGCCACUCUGGAUGUUUUAUGGUCUGCACGGCACCAUCACGCAACUCAGGAUCUUAGGGUCAUCUCUACACCCAGAUCUCCGCGGGCCGUCGGUCCCCAGCUCCCCCUCCUGUACGCCCAACACCCCCACACUGCUGUGCAGUGGCAGCUCAGAGCCAAACCUCAACACACCCUUGAACAUCAACCUCAACGCCAGCCAGAACACCAGCUACCAGCCAGCCUUCACUUCCUCCACAGGUACAACUCCAGGCUCUCCAUUCUCCAGCCACCCAGAGUCUCCUACCUUCCCAUCAUGCUCUGGCUCGUGGAGCGACGAGUGCACCAUUUGCUACGAGAACGUCGUGGACACGGUCCUUUACGCCUGCGGACACAUGUGUCUCUGCUACGCCUGUGGCCUCAAACUCAAGAAGAUGGCAAACGCUUGCUGCCCCAUCUGCAGGAGGACAAUCAAGGACAUCAUAAAAACCUACCGAAGUACGUAGGAUUGAAAUAGACAAUGUUUUGCAGCUGAGGUUCAGAGAUUGUUGAAAGGCCAUGUAAGACCUUGUAGAGACAAACACAGCACAUGUGACUUAAGGCUUAGCCAGACAGUCAGAAACAUUAUUACAUGGACCUAGCAGAGCAUAAAAACACCAUUUGUUUGUUUGUGUGAAAUCCGGCUCAGGUACACUAACAGCAGGACAUUAAAUGCCAUGAUAAAUAGCAUUAAUAUCUAUGUUAAUGAAAUGCAUAGCCUUGGAGAGCUCAGUAUGGCUUACUACCGGUGAGUUCUCAGAAAAGAGCCAGCAGUGAGAUUCAUCAGAGGUCAACAAAGACGAAAUGUAUGCUUCAAUUACACCCAGACUUUGGCCUCCUAUUGUCCAGCAACUGUCUGUGGUCUGUGCAUCUUUUGUAGAGGAAGUGUAAUCUGAAGAGGCAUCUGUCUUACUUACCACAGAACAAUAACCCUCCACUCCGCGGCUGAUAGCAUCGCUGCUAACAGUAGUUUCAAAGAGGUGAAGAUGUCCAGAGCUGCAGAGGAGGCAAGGAGAGGAACUAUCUGCGGCUUCAUCAGCUGCUCCUCCACCUCUUGUCAGAAAACAUCAGGCUGAAAAGUGUUGUUUUAGAGUGCGAAUCAAUCCUCCAGUGAACCUGAGCGAAAAUCACCACAAAACAGUUUUACCAGAGGCUUUCUGAAUGUUGCUGGUAUCAGAAGCCAGGCAGGGAUGAAGAGGAAAAACAAAGAGGAAGAGGUACUGUUGCUUAUUUGGACAGUCAAGGGAUGCCAUGUGGGAAAAGAAACAAAAAAAAAAAAAAAAAAAGCCUUGGAGUGCUUCUAAAAUCCAUUUUGAGAAUUUCAAAUGCAUUUAUUUUAUAGCAGUGCUCCUCUUGCAAUAAUAAUACUCAGUGAAAUGUGUGAACCCCGUAAAGCCAAAGGAAUCAUUAAAGAAGCUGUAUUUUAGGUGAUAGAUGAAGUGUGUAGAGUAUCCUCUUGCUACACGCUACGCUUCUGUGAACCUCAGGCAGAUAGGCGACACGGUGUGAAGGGCACAAUGUGUGAACACUCGUGCCAUAGAAGGUCACGCAGUGGAUGAGGAUGUAAAUCAGUGAAGAGGGAGAAGGAGAGAGCGAGAGGAGGUGGAGAGAGGAUGUUGCGUGUUUACUGAGAGAAGUGAGACAGUGGAGGAAGGGGCACCUUUGCAGUGCGUCUGCACAGCGUUUAGUGUGAAGAUAGUAUUCGCUCAGGCACACCACAUUCAUCAAAACUCUGUGUAAAGGCCCGUAAAGCGUUGGACUUGCACGAGUUGCACCUCCACAAGGCUGGUGGAUGAUGCACAAGGAGAAAAGUCAUCUAAGCAACCACUGGUGAGCCAUGUAAUAGUUUCAAAAUGGCUUAAGCAGAUGAUGAAUUCACUUUUUUCUUUUUAUAAAAUUGUUUUCUUUUGCCAUUAUAAGCUGUUGAUGGGUUUGCGUACUUCAGAUUACACAUUUUCUCCUUGAUAUGUAUGUUAAAAUAGAACAUGAACAAAUAUUUGUGUUGGAUAACGUGAUAUAGCACUUCAGUGCAGAAGUGAGAAAAAAAAAAAAAACGAACUGUAUUCACACGUGUGCAGUUGGUGUCAAAGAUGUAGCUUGUUAUUGUUAGACUGUGUGAGAUUUACAUUUGCAUAUCAGCUGCUGAGUGCUGCUUUCUGUCUUUAAAUGCUCAAGCAAACUCCUAGGACAUUUUCACUUCGCUAAUGCAUUAUGUACCGCUUUGAAUUGUAAAAAGACAAGCCAUUUUCAGGUGUUUGGUUUCACCAAAAUAUUGCUCAGUAAUUUGUAAGAUAAUAAAAAGUGGUGUUUUUUUUUUUUUUUUUUUUACUAUUACAUCCAAGGUCAUCUCGCCACUAUCAGAGGAAGAUUUGCAAUUGUGCAGGAGAGUUUGUGUUCAAGUGGCAUCUUACUGUUCUUGUGUGCCUUUAAGACAGGAAUCUGGACGUGCAUCUGUCAGUUCGGCUACAACACUGUGGAAACCAAUUCUGUAGUAGGAGGAAUAUUGAGGUUCAUCAAUCCUGAGUCACUCUCACAUAGCUGUGAUGUCUCUGAUGUAAGAAGCUAUAAUCACACAAAUCGAGUACCAAUGCAAAGCUAUUCUGUUUGACUUUUACUUUCAGUGUGUUAAAUAGGCUACAGUAUCAGUGUAUGAAGCCAUUCACUGCUGAUGACAAAAUGUCUAAAUAUCGCCUCAUCCGUUCUGUCACUAUAUUGUAUAAUACUGGAAUUUGAUGUGCUUGAUAAAUGCUCAACCUUUACAUUUCUACCUGUUUUCAUUUUCCUUUUCUUCUGUUCUUUUCUCUUCUGACCAAAUAUGACCUUGCAGAAAUGAAACCUUGUGAAGCAUUUUGAUAGAAAAAAAUAUAUAUUGAUGAUGAUGAUGAGUGUAAUUAUAACUGUAUAUUAUGAGAUUUAUUUAUUUUGUCAAUGCUACUAUAUUGAGUUAUCACUGUUUGUUUUAUA